CAGUAUAUUGUUCCACAUUAGGACACCAUGUUGAAGAAAGCGAUUCGGAUGGUGAUUGUCGUAAGUGGAGUUUUGAAUUGUAUCAUCCUUAUUGGAAAUGUUUUCGACGGUAUCAAUAUGUCACUAAAUCCCGAAGCGGCGACUCUUGGGAUGAAUUUGAUCGAGUCCUGAAAAGGAACUACUCCAACCACCAGCUUCUCCAUUUACCACGUUGUCCAGAUCUUCCAGCGCAGACAGAGUGGAUGCGAAUCCCUAAUAUAUCCGAAAUCAGCCAUGACGCUUUGAAGAAGAAAUACUUGGGUGGAGUAGAUGGACACUUUUCACCGCCCACAUGUGUGUCGGAAGAAAGGACGGCCGUUAUCAUUCCGUCCGAUGAUAACCCUGACAACAUCAGAAUCCUUCUCAACAACCUCAUUCCCGUCCUCAGAAACCAAAACAAGGACUUCACCCUCUUUGUCGUUGAACAGACUCCCGACACACCAUUCAACAAAGCGUUGCUGAUGAACGCCGGUUUUGUGGAGGCUGUUAGACAAGACGUCUUCACUUGUGUCAUCUUUCAUGACGUUGACCUCAUUCCUGUAACCUACACCGUUCCAUACGGGUGCCUGAAGAACCAUCCCCACUAUCUCUCCGUGACGACGUCAAACUACAGCACAGCCAAGGAGCACCGGCUGGGUGUUGUGGUGGCCAUGACACCUCAACUCUUCAAGUCUGUUAAUGGAUUCUCAAACUUGUACUUUGGAAACGGAUAUGAAGACACGGAUAUGUUUCAGAGGUUGAAGGAUCUCAAUAUUUCGACGGUAGACGCAGGGAGAAGGGAUGGGAUAUUUCUUCCUCGAGGAAACGCAGAAAGAAGAACAAAUAGCCAAGAUGAAGAUGGACUAGAACUUCUUGAGGCAGCCUCCAGGCGAGCUGAACACGAAGGUCUUAACACGCUGAAGGCUUCCGUACAAAGGAUAACGGGACUGCUGCAAGUGUUUACGAAAUUUCACGUAUCAUUUGAUGCCGACUAUUACAUAAAACAGAUAGACACGAUCUUAAAAGAAGAAGUCCUUUCUACUUAGUAACAUCGGUCUGGAGGAAUCGUAGAGGUUGCCCAGCAAGGGGGAUAAUGAUGUUUUACACUAUUUGUUCGUGUGUCUUGUACAGUCUAUAGUCAU